CAUUUUGUGCCGCAGUUACAAUCCGAACUACCCAGUCGGGAGUUGAACGUUGUUCGGAAGGGUUGGAGGUUACGUAUUGCUGAGUGUCGGCUGACCUCUAUACAGCUUUGCCCAAGAACGAACGAUCAGAAAUACAGCUGAAAAAUCUAGACAUACCAUGAGUGGCUGUCGUGUAUUCAUCGGAAGGUUGAAUCCAGCUGCCAGAGAGAAGGAUGUGGAAAGAUUUUUCAAGGGAUAUGGACGCAUCAGAGACAUAGACUUGAAAAGGGGCUUUGGAUUUGUGGAGUUUGAAGAUCCAAGAGAUGCUGAUGAUGCAGUCUAUGAAUUGGACGGAAAAGAACUCUGCAGUGAAAGGGUUACAAUUGAACAUGCAAGGGCCCGCUCUAGAGGUGGAAGAGGCAGAGGACGUUACUCUGAUCGUUUUAGUAGCCGUCGUCCAAGAAAUGACAGAAGAAAUGCUCCACCUGUAAGAACAGAAAAUCGUCUCAUUGUAGAAAACUUGUCAUCCAGGGUCAGCUGGCAGGAUCUCAAAGACUUCAUGAGACAAGCUGGGGAAGUAACAUUUGCAGAUGCACAUAGGCCCAAGCUAAAUGAAGGGGUGGUUGAGUUUGCCUCUUACAGUGAUUUAAAGAAUGCUAUUGAAAAGCUUUCUGGCAAAGAAAUCAAUGGAAGGAAAAUCAAAUUAAUUGAAGGCAGCAAAAGACACAGUAGGUCCAGAAGCAGGUCCCGGUCUCGUAGCCGGAGCUCAUCAAGGUCUCGUAGCCGCUCUCGCUCCAGAAGCCGCAAGUCUUACACCAGAUCCAGGAGCAGGAGCCGUAGCAAGUCCCGUUCAGUUAGUAGGUCUCCUGUCCCUGAAAAAAGCCAAAAACGUGCAUCUUCAAGUAGAUCAAAAUCUCCAGCUUCUGUGGAUCGCCAGAGAUCGCGCUCAAGGUCAAGAUCUGUUGACAGUGGCAACUGAACUACAGUUUGCCCUGGGGGACUCCUAAAACAUACUUGCUAGUAGUUGUGGUAAGUAUGUGACUUCUGGGAAAAGGGACUGAACAGGAGGGAGGGGGGAUUUAACAGCUUUGUAUAUGUGGGACCACAGAAGUUACUGAACUAUAAUUGUAUUGUCUUUUUGAUAAUCUUUUUUUCUGCUCACUUCAUUAAGACAGAAGUGCAUAGCUUCAUGUAUAUUGCUAGAGCUCUUUGAAAAAACUUAAACUUCUUUUGUAUUUAAAGAGAAACCUACUUUUGAACAUUUAGUUCUCUGUACUCUGAUAUUUGGUAUUUCUGGUGUUGAAAUAUUUUAUUAGCUAUAGAGCUCUACACUAUCUGUAAAUAAAGCUUUAUUUGAUUUUCUGUGCUGCUCAAUGUUUAUGCAUUGGUGUCCAGUUCUACUGAUAAUAAACUUAUUUUUAAAAGUG